AAUCCUAGCCUACAAUGGAGUUCACCAACCAAAGCAAAUGCAUCUGUUUGGUUUUGGUCCUCAUGUUGGGGCCUUGGUCUUCAGAAGCCACUUCUCGCAGUCUCCAAGAUGCAUUAGCUUAUGGGAGGUACGAGCAAUGGAUGGCUCGUUAUGGACGUGUAUAUAAUGAUGUCAUUGAGAAGGAGAAGCGCUUCAAGAUAUUCAAGGAGAAUGAGGCAUUUAUAGAAUCUUCCAAUAAUGAAGGAAAUAAGCUUUACAAAUUGGGUUUGAAUCAAUAUGCAGACCUUACAAAUGAUGAAUUCAUAGCCUCGAGAAAUCGAUUCAAGGGGCAUGAAUGUUCCACAAAGACCACUACUUUCAAAUAUGAAAAUGCUACUGUGCCGGCGACAAUGGACUGGAGACAGAAGGGAGCUGUAACUCCUGUCAAGGACCAAGGCCAAUGUGGAUGUUGUUGGGCAUUCUCAGCAGUUGCAGCCAUGGAAGGAAUUACUCAGCUUACAACUGGUAAACUAAUCUCUUUGUCUGAGCAAGAGCUGGUUGACUGUGAUGUCAAUGGUGAAGACCAAGGUUGUGAGGGUGGCUUGAUGGACAGUGCAUUUGAGUUCAUCAAUCAAAAUCAUGGACUUAGCACUGAGGCUAACUAUCCCUACACGGGGGAAGAUGGCACAUGCAAUGCUAAGAAGGAAGCAAGCCAUGCAGCCUCAAUUACUGGCCAUGAAGAUGUGCCUCCCAACGACGAAAGCGCCCUUCUCAAGGCCGUUGCUAAUCAACCUAUUUCUGUUGCCAUUGAUGCUAGCGGAUCUGACUUCCAGUUCUAUACGAGUGGUGUUUUCACAGGACCAUGUGGAACAAGCCUAGACCAUGGUGUUACUGCUGUUGGUUAUGGUGUCAGUGAUAAUGGGACUAAGUAUUGGUUGGUGAAGAACUCAUGGGGUGCACAAUGGGGUGAAGAAGGUUACAUAAGAAUGCAAAGAGAUGUGCCUGCACCGGAAGGUCUUUGUGGCAUUGCCAUGGAACCCUCAUACCCAACUGCAUAAACUACCAUUGAAGUAGAAACAAAGCCUAUAUCCUUAUGAUAUGUACAUGAACUUGUAUGUGAACUAAGAAACUAGAUAAGUAAGAAAACUAGCAAGUUUUAUCAUUAAA